UGUGGAGGAAACACUGUGCUGUGGUUGUGUGACAGGGGGAAGUUCGGUCAGGUCUUCAAACUGGUGGAGAAGGCGACGAAGAAGGUUUGGGCGGGGAAGUUCAUCAAGGCGUACUCGGCGAAGGAGAAGGACAACGUCCGGCAUGAGAUCGGCAUCAUGAACAGCCUCCAUCACCCCAAACUGGUCCAGUGUAUCGACGCCUUCGAGGGCAAGUCUGACAUCGUCAUGGUGCUGGAGAUGAUCUCGGGAGGCGAGCUGUUUGAGCGGAUCAUCGAUGAGGACUUUGAGCUGACGGAGAGGGAGGUGAUCAGAUACAUGCUGCAGAUCAUCGACGGAGUGAACUUCAUCCACAAGCAGGGCAUCGUCCACCUGGACCUGAAACCAGAGAACAUCAUGUGUGUCAACAAGACCGGCGGCAAGAUCAAACUCAUCGACUUCGGCCUCGCCCGGCGACUAGAGAACGCAGGAACCCUGAAGGUUCUGUUUGGGACUCCAGAGUUCGUGGCUCCAGAAGUGAUCAACUAUGAAGCCAUCAGUUAUCCCACCGACAUGUGGAGCAUAGGAGUCAUCUGUUAUAUACUGCUGAGCGGUCUGUCUCCCUUCAUGGGCGACAACGACAACGAGACGCUGUCUAACGUCACCUCGGCCUCCUGGGACUUUGAGGACGAGGCCUUCGAUGAAAUCUCCGACAACGCCAAAGACUUCAUCACCAACCUGCUGAAGAAGGACAUGAGGGCUCGGCUCACCUGUGCUCAGUGUUAUGAACACACCUGGCUGAAGCAGGACACCAACACCAUGAAGGCCAAGAAGCUCUCCAAGGAGAGGAUGAAGAAGUACAUCCUGAGGAGGAAAUGGCAGAAAACGGGUCACGCUGUUCGAGCCAUCGGCAGACUGUCGUCCAUGGCCAUGAUGGCCGGAGUCAGCGCCAAGAAGGGCUCGCCCACCGAAGAGGAUAACCAGUUCCUGGAGUGUUUGGAGUACGAGCAGAAGACGGAGUGUAAGCCGACGUUCAGCUCGGUCAUCAAAGACGUGGAGGUGGUGGAGGGCAGCGCCGCUCGCUUCGACUGCAAGAUCGAAGGUUACCCCGAUCCGGAGGUGGUUUGGUACAAAGACGAGCAGCCGAUCAAAGAGACCCGACACUUCCAGAUCGACUACGACGAAGAAGGAAACUGUAGUCUGGUCAUUUCAGAGGUGUCGGGUGACGACGACGCCAAGUACACGGUGAAGGCGGUCAACAGUCUGGGGGAGGCAACCUGCACCGCCGAGCUGCUGGUGGAGGUGAUGGCCGGGGAGGAAGAGGAGGAGGAAGAGGAGGAGGAGGAGGAAUAAAGCAGUGUUGGUCUGGACUCCCACAGGAAGAGGAGGAGGAGGAGGAGGAGGAGGAGGAGGAGGAGGACAAUUCACCUACAAAUAACAGAUUGUGAUUGGAGGAGCAGGUGGGCGGGGUUUCACCAUGCUGUGUGCUAAACCCCGCCCACCUGACACCUGGAGAACAAGCCCCGCCCCUCUCAGGUUAGCCUCUGUUCAUUGGUGGGUUUCCUCUCUCAGUUUAUUCUUUCUUAAAGUCGUAUAAAUGAAACAGGAUACUCGGGUUAUCUGUCCAUUCUCAGAUCUAAUCUAAAUAUCAUCAUUAA